AUGUCCACCUCCGUCGGAUCCCUAGCUUCCUUACUCAAGCAGACCGACAUUGAAGACCACAGCGAAGUCCUCCAGGCCGCAGAAUCAACACUGAAGCAGUUCAAAGGCGACCUCGAAGCCCAGCAUGUGAAAGCCAUUGCCUUGCUCAAACUCGACCGGUACGGAGAUGCUGUGAAAGCGAUCGAAGCUGGCGGAGCGAAGUUGAAGGAUCGGGCGCGGUUGGACUAUGCAUACGCUCUUUACAAAGACGGCAAGCCGGCACAAGCAGCUGAGAUAGCACGAGAAGGUGGUGAGAGGGGGUUUGAGCAUGUAGAGGCGCAGGCCAGUUAUCGGACGGAGGAGUUCAAGAGGGCUGCGGAGCUUUACCAAAGGCUUGCUUCGCAGUUAGAGGAUGAUGUAGAGGCGGACUUGAGAGUCAACUCUGGUGCUGUGGAUGCGCAGCUAGAGUGGUCUGGACAAGGAGAGCUAGUGCAGAAGAAGAAGCCUGAACGAGCGGAUCUGGAGGCUUUCGAGACGGCGUAUAAUGCGGCUUGCGGAUGCAUUGCAAGAGGAGAGCUUGGGCAGGGGGAGGUGCUGCUGAAGCGGGCGAAGGAUCUGUGUAAUGCGCUGGAAGAUCUCAGUGACGAGGACAAGCAGGCGGAAUUGAUGCCGAUUACGGUACAGCAAGUAUACGUGCUUGCGAGAUUGGGGAGGCAGGAGGAGGCGGAUGGUUUGGCGAAGGAGGUGGAUGCGACGAGGAUACCGGAUGCCAGUACGAGACAUAUCGCGCAGGUGAACGGGGUGGCGGCAUCAGCAUCCGACAGCAAUCCUUUUCUGGCGCAACGCAUCGUUUCGAAGGACCUUGACACGCUGAAGCCUGAUUAUCCAUUCCAGUUCCAGAGAGCUGUUUUGAAUCGCAACCGCUACGCCACGGACCUGCAGUCGCUCAAAUUCGGAGGCACAGCGGACUCAACCAAAGCAGUACUGAGCAAACAUCCUUCGCCAAACACGGACACUUUCUGCAACGGCAUGUCCGUUGUCAACGCUGCUGCGCACGCACAGAGCCAAACCGGCAAGGAGGCGAUCAAGCUCAUCCUUCCAGUGCUCGAGAAGCGGCCGACGGACGUUGGACUCGUGCUUACGAUUGUCCAGCUGUACGUCCUAUCUGGCAAUGCAGGCUCAGCUAUCAAAUUGCUAGAAGGGUUCUUGCGGCGGUUGGAGCAGUCUGCAAAGGAAGCGGAGCUGGAGGUCCGGUACUCACCUGGCUUGGUUGGGACGAUGGCGAGUCUAUACCAUACUCAAGGACGGAGAAAUCACGAGCAGAGGGAACUAGCGAAAGCAGCAUCACACUGGAAGCGGAGGACAAAAGAACGACCAGCCGGCGUCCUUCAACUCCUCCGCGCCGCAGGCAGCGCUCUCCUCGACUCUCCAGCUCCUGAGCACCAAGAACUCGCCACCUCAAUCUUCACCGAACUCCACUCUCUCAACCCAUCCGACUCCAUCGCAACAGCCGGCCUCAUCGCCUCCUCUCCCGCAUCCGCUCCUUCAGACCUCACAUCCACCCUCACACCCAUCGACCGCCUCAUCUCCACCAUCGAUGCCCCCUCCCUUGAAUCCGCCGGCCUCGCCCAGCCCCCCACCACCCCCGGCGUAACCCGCAAGCGUCCCGCCGAAGACAGCAACCAAAAACCGCGCAAAGCGAAGAAGAUCCGUCCCUCGCGGAUCCCCAAGGACUACGACCCGGCCAAGACGCCGGAUCCUGAACGGUGGCUGCCACUUCGGGAUCGCAGUACGUACAGGCCGAAGGGCAAGAAGGGCAAGGCGAGGGCGAAUCUGUUGAGUCAGGGUGCAGCACCCGCGGGGGAGAGUGAGGGAAGUAGGCCGGGGACGCCGGGGGGUGAGGUGGUGAAGGGGAAGCCGCAGCAGGGUGGUGGGAAGAAGAAGGGGAAGGGGAAGCGGUAG